GCCCAUCUUUGAGCUCAAUUUUAUCAAAUCAAAUCUAACCAAACCAACAACCUUACAGCACCGACAAAAUAAAAACGAAAGAUGCCGAGUGCCGACCGUCACCCACAAGGGUCCCGCCCACGUGCCGAUUUUUUUCCAACUUUUCUUUACUACUUAACGGAAUCGUCUCUAUCCGUCACGGUCCAUCACGUUCUGUCAAACCACCUUCCCAGUUUUCCCUCAACGUCGCUCCCUCCCGCCCUAACGUCUUCCGUUCGAACCGUUCCCCUUUCCCCCAACCCUAACGCCCCCCUAUGGCCUCUUCGGUUGACGACGAUUUCUCUCUCCUCGAUCACCACCAAACUAACCCUAACCACCAUCACGUCCUCCACCACCACCCUUCUUACACGCAGAUCCACGCGCCUCCACCCGGCAACCACGAAGGCGAUGAUGACUCCGAUUCCGCCUUCCCUGGCGCCAACUUCGGCAACAACAACAACAACAACGCUACGUCUUCCGAUGUACGGAUCGAGAAGAGAAAAGAUCAAGAGGAGAUAAAUGACGGCGUUUUGAAGAGACCAAAGCAAUCGACGACGGAGAAUCGAAAAGACAGAGAAGAAUGGAGCGAUGCCGCAAUUGGAUGUUUAUUGCAGGCGUAUAUGGAGAGGUUGACGCAGCUGAACAGAGGGAAUCUGAGAGGGAGAGAUUGGGAGGAGGUGGCGGCGGCAGUUUCAGAGCGAUGUGAGAAGCAGAGCAAGAGCGUUGAACAGUGCAAGAACAAGGUUGAUAAUUUGAAGAAAAGGUAUAAGCUUGAGAAGCAUAGGAUGAGUGACGGCGGCAUCACGGUGAGUCAUUGGCCUUGGUUUAAGAAAAUGGAGGAGAUUGUUGGAAAUUCGCUGCCAGUAAAGGCGGUGGCUGAUGAUGAUAAGGACGGCUCUUCCCCAGGAACUGCUGUUAGACAAUCCAAAAGCAGAUAUGCUUCAGCUACACCGAGUCCUGUAGGUCAGAUAAUUAGCAUGAAGUCCAAAAGUCCAAAAUGGCGCAGAGUGGUAUUCAAAAUUAGUGGUGCUGCUCUUGCUUGCACCGGUCCGCACAAUAUUGACCCAAAGGUGGCAGUGCUGAUUGCUAGGGAAGUUUCAAUUGCAUGCCACCAUGGUGUAGAGGUAGCAAUAGUUGUUGGAGGUCGCAAUUUCUUUUGCGGAGACACAUGGGUUACGGCAACUGGCUUAGAUAGAACUACUGCAUAUCAAAUUGGCAUGAUGGCAUCUGUGAUGAAUUCUAUACUACUGCAAUCAUCAUUGGAGAAGAUGGGUAUUCAGACGCGUGUUCAAACUGCAUUUUCAGUGCAAGAGGUUGCGGAACCAUACAAUCGGCAACGGGCCAUCCGUCAUCUUGAAAAGGGUAGAGUUGUAAUAUUUGGUGGCAUUGGCACUGGAAAUCCACUCUUUUCUACAGACACAGCUGCAGCGAUUCGAGCUUCAGAAAUUCACGCUGAGGCAGUCCUUAAAGGUACGAAUGUUGAUGGUGUUUAUGACUGCCACUCCCAGGACAACAAUGCUACAUUUGAACACAUCUCCUUUAGAGAGUUAGUCUCUAGGGGUGCCACAGCCAUGGACAUGAUGGCAUUAACCUUCUGUGAAGAGAAUGGCAUUCCUGUUGUGGUGUUUAAUCUUCUUCAGCCUGGAAACAUCUCAAAAGCAUUAUGUGGGGACCAAGUUGGUACGUUGAUUGAUCAAACUGGAAGGAUAAGCUGAUCUAGAAACCCUUACCAGAUGCAUUUGUAGUUGUUGUGACCAUGGAUAUUAAGUCAGAUGCUGUUAAUAUACUCUAGUAACAAGUGUUUCCUUAGAUUCAGCUGCUGUGUUUAUAUGACUGAGGUCUGCGUGGAUUGUUGACUUGAAGAUGAUGCUGCUGUAACAUUUGGAGGCCAGGUUUUGACCCACAAUGCCAAUAACUGAUUAUUCUGUUAGCUAGUUUUUUCAUUCACAAUCUAUAUUCUCUUAUGGUGCCAAUAUCUAUUAUAUUAUUUGUAUGUAUUACAAAUGGUAUCAACUUAUUGAAACAUCAGCCGUGGGAGAUGGUUGCUGCAAUGUACCAUUACAGGUUUACUAGAAUACAUGUCUGUGAGAGUUGUAGUUCACUGAUAGUCGUUAGUAAUCUUAGAUUACAAUUAGAAGUAGGAAGUCACCACAAGCUGAACUUGUUAAUGGCAACAUGUACCAGAAAUUUUAUUAUUUGCAAAUUAAAAAAUGCAUCUCUGAGAUCACUUACAAUUUUGUAUCAUUGUUUAUCCUGAGAUGUCAAUAAAUGGAUGGGUGAGAACUCAUGCCAAGAAAACAUCUCUCUGCACUGUAUUGUUGAAGCAUUUAUGUAUAUACCAGGAAUUGGUGAUUUCAUAUUCUGCAAUACAUCCAUUUUCUGUAUAUUCUAAACUGUGUGCAUGACGAUACUAUCAAAGCUCGUUAGAUAUUAUUUGCUAUAUUUCUUAUGUACUGACAGGCUGGGAUCAAUAACCCAACAGAAUGGAAUAAAACCAUGGAUGGAGCUUGUGUUUUUAUUAAGAAUAAGAAAGUUCUGUAUGGUGGAAUUGAGUAUGAAUCAUGAUAGAUGGUGGAGAUUAAUGUUGCCUUUCGGAUUAUAUAGGAGGAUCAGCUUGAAGCAGGAAUGCAAACAUUGGUGAGAAUCCAAUGCCAGUGGUUGCUGAAUUGGGAGGAAUCUUACUCUCUUUCACAGAGCUGGAGUCUAAAUAAAACUACCAUGGUUGCCUAGAGUGAAGAUCAGCAGUGAUCUU